UCAAAGUUGCCGAGCCCGUGUAGGGGGUCCAGCGCUGUGCUGAGUGGAGGUUUGUUGUGAUUCUCGUGUUCAGGUGAAGCGGAGCCGCUGUGUCAGGCUAAAGGCUCCGGGCUAAACCUCCUACAGCCUCAGAGCAGCUCAGCCGAGCCGAGAGUGGUCCACCCUGCCGGGCUUCUCCCACUUCCUUUCUCGCGUCUCCGCUGCUUAGGCGGUUUCUCGCUCUAAUUCUGCGCUUUAAUUCGCACUUUGUUGUGGAAAAUGCACUUGUAGUCACAGCUGUCGUAGAAGAGGGAAGGCGAAGAGGCUCGUAUGGGUGUCUGGACGCUUCUUCAGCCUUUCAUCGACUUCCAGCACUCACAGAAAGUGGACUUGAAGACGAGAACGCUCCCUGGAAGGUGACAGCGGUGACUUUGUUGCAACCACAGAAAGUUGGCAUGCAGCAGCAGUGGCAAUGACAUCUCACUGACACAACAACAAGCUGCUGAUUGUGGUCCAUAUUUUCAGCAGCCCAGAGUGCAAGGUCUGAGGAGAUAAGAGGAAGAGCAGAGAAAAAAGAAGCAGGAGUACAAAAGAGCGGCGCUGUGGAAAAAGGGAAAGAGUGAAGUAGAGAGAAAGGCCUGCAAGGGGAUCAGCUGGGAACCAUGGGGAAACAGAACAGCAAGCUGCGGCCCGAGGUGCUCCAAGACCUGCGGGAGAACACCGAGUUCACUGACCACGAGCUGCAGGAGUGGUAUAAAGGCUUUCUGAAGGACUGCCCCACAGGUCAUCUCACAGUGGAAGAGUUUAAAAAGAUCUACGCCAACUUCUUCCCUUACGGAGACGCCUCCAAGUUUGCCGAGCACGUGUUCAGAACAUUCGACACCAACGCCGACGGGACUAUCGACUUCAGGGAGUUCAUCAUCGCGCUGAGUGUGACCUCACGAGGAAAGCUGGAGCAGAAGCUCAAGUGGGCCUUCAGCAUGUACGACCUGGACGGCAACGGAUACAUCAGCCGAGCAGAGAUGCUGGAAAUCGUUCAGGCUAUCUAUAAGAUGGUUUCUUCUGUGAUGAAGAUGCCAGAGGAUGAGUCUACUCCAGAGAAGAGGACAGAUAAGAUUUUCAGACAGAUGGACACCAACAACGAUGGAAAGAUUUCUCUGGAGGAGUUUAUCAAAGGUGCCAGGAGUGACCCCUCUAUUGUCCGCCUUCUCCAGUGUGACCCCAGCAGUGCCAGCCAGUUCUGAGCUUCAGCCAUUGAGAUUUCAGCCGGCAUAGCACAUCCUAAUAGUGUUCAUUUGAGUCCAAAGUGCACACUGUAAGUUUUCAUGUCACUGUGAAUUUUAUCACUGUAGUCAGUAUGAGAUUCACUGAUUCCUUCACAGCAUGUCACAGAACCUCUGGUUUGGACCAAUUUGCGAAUGUGGAUUUUGAGGAUUGAGGUCAAGAGCUCAGUCAUCAGUCCUAGUACCAUUAUGCUUCAGAGUACCACAUAUUAUGGAAUGGGAAUGUGGUGUUGUGUAAUUUUCUCUGCGUUUGUGUUUUAAUGGUUAAUGGAACAAUGGGGAAAAAAAGAAUGUGUUUGUGAAAAGGCAGCACUGUUAAGGACUGUCACUUCAUUUUAGUGAGCAGUGCAUAAGACUGAGAGUUUAAGCAGGUUCUAAGUGUAGAAUGAUCUCAGUCUUACUUUUGUUUUAGCUGGAUUCUUUUUUUAAUUACAUCCAAGUGUUAUAUUGGCAUUGUUUUGUGCGCAUUGAUAUGUUUCUGGUUGAAAAUGCAAGCAGUCUCUAGAUCCACAGCACCCUUCAGCUUCCUCCCCCUGGACUGCAUGGACGUUCAUCAGUGUGCCUUUGUGAUUGGCUGUUCUUUUAUAAAUGCAAUGGAUUUAUCCUGUUUGUGGUUCUGCAUUUUGUCAGACGGUUUGCUUACAACCUUGCUGUUGCAUGUAUUUUGACAAAAUUUUUAUAUUACUGUUGUGGUGAAUGUAAGGACUGUACUGAUAUCGUUGUUUUGUAUUCUUUGCCAUUAUUGUUGUUAAUGGUGCACCCCUAUGGAAUAUAGUGAAGCCCAAUGUGAAUGCCUUUUUCUUUUUACUUUUCUUAUUCUUCUCUCAGUGUCAUAUUACUCUGCCAUCAGAAAAAGACGAAUUAUUUCAGUGUGCCACAUGCUGUAUCUUCAUGCACUACCUGUCAGAUAGCACAUUUCAGUAAUGUAGAUUGCGCAUCUGGGACUUCAUCGUUUUCUGUUUCCCAUCGCCAUAGAAACUGGCCUGUCAUAAGAUGCUACUUGACGGAGAUAGUCAUGGGGAUGCUUCUGACCCCACGACUGGCUUUUUCCAGCACAGUCAUUAACAUGCCAUCGGGAACAUGUCAAGCGAAGUGUCACUGGAAUCUCCCCUGUGACUUCUCAGACGUUAAGUAAACACUUCUAGUUAAACAGGGCGAGAAUGAAGGAAAAAUCGAGUCUAAAUUGUGAUCAUAAACGUAAAACUUAAAUCCCUCCAUGACAGUUAUGACCCUGGCACCAGAGCAGAGCAUUAAGCCAGCUAGCCUUGACAUUUUUUUGUUCUAAACUGCUGUUCAUGGUUAUAACAGAUGUCUUGCAGUAUUUAUAAAGAAACUGUAACUGUGCUAUUAAUAUAAAAGUUCUGGAGUGUUACUGUGACAAUUCCCCUUUUGUUUGCAUUAAAAUGUUGUGCUUCCUUUUUGGAUUGAAAUAGUGGUUGUUUUUUUUUUUUUGUGUCAAGCAUCACCUCAGUGUUUCACAGGGUCAGAUAUUUAUGACACAUACUGUACUGUGCAAAAGUCGCGACCACCAAGCAAUCCCAAACACAUUCGGUGAUGCUGAGGUCUGGACUCUGGGGUGGCCAGUUGAUUGUUCUGGGAACACUAACAGCCUCUUUAUUUGAUUUGCAAAUGUUCUCUUUCGUAUUUUGUUCCUCAGUAAUGGCUUCUUGACAGCUACACAUCCAUUUCAGACUUUUCCGUUCUAAAGCAAGAGUCAAGCUUGAUUUUCUCAUUUUUCCAUCAAAGAUAAAAGCUUUAUGUAAUGUUAAUCUGAUAACAGUUUUGGUGAUCUUGCAUGUUUUUUAGACAUCACAGUUGUUUGAACUACAAUUUUGGAAAGUCCUGAAAUCUACUCUGGAAGAUCUCCUGAAAAAUGAAAAACUUGUACUUAAUGGCUGUUUUGACUGGAAAUUAAAUAAAUGAAAUGUGGUCUCUGACUUUUGCACAGUCCUGUAAAUAAACAAAAAUAAAAGAGGACAAACCUUUUGACUUUUGCAUGUGUUAUAGCACUAUGAAUUAAUUCCAAAACUAAACCAAUUACACAUUUUCUUGUAUAAAAUUGUCAAAAAAUGGUCUUACUGGUUAGAUUUACAGUAGAAGGAAAGCUCAGCCAGUAGUCUUGAGUUCAGCUGCUGUGUGUGCCCCAUGGAAUUGAGAGACCGAGCAAACCUUGUUAUUUUCCUCAUAUAUUUUCAUCCACUCACUGGUAAUUCUGUUUUUAGACGGUGUCUAAAGAGAUGGAUUUUAUGCUCAUGCAGCUCUCAGCAAACUGUCGUGAGGAACCUUUCUGUCCCAGAGGAUUAUGCAGCUGCAUGCCUUCCCUGAGCUACCAGCAGCACGCCUUAUAAACAAUUGCAAAUCGUGCCGCUUAAUUAGCCAAGGUGCACUGUUGAAUGCAUCCUGCCUGCAGCUCCUCAGGUAUUUGAUUCCCUGAUAAUGGCAAGUGGGGGAGGGGAUAUUGACUGGUGCUGCCCCUUCAAACAAGCAGAAGUGCUCACACCGAGGAUGGAGACAGGAGGAGCUGUGUGUGGAAUUGAUGAAGCACAAAUUGAACAGGAUAGAAACAGUAAAUGGGCCUAGGACGAAUUCCCUCAGCCUGCAGUGACUGGCGUAUAGCAGUGAGUCAUGUCUAAGACUCAGUGGCAGGGAAACUAGUGGAACCAAGUGCUGCAGAAGUGAUAAGCAAACUGGUAGAGCAUUCAGGCAAGAAAGGGAGAGAUUAGAAAAGUCUGUAUGGAGGACUGAAAAGGGGGUUUGUGCUUGUCUGGCUAUUGAAAUGCUUAUGGAGCAUUUAACAUUUCGAUUUACCUGUGUUGAUGUUCUAAACCAGCAGGGAGAAGAGAAUCCAUGGUAUUUUCUCACACAUUACAGUAACAGUUUAUUACUGUAAUGCGUGACUGAGUUGUUCCACACUGAAGACUUACAUAGAGAAACACUGCCACCCAGCAGCAGAGAUUAGAACUGCAAGAACCCUGCAUAGCAGGGAAUGAAUACCACCAAAGAAAUGCUUCUAUUUUGAAUUCUUUUCCAAGUUAGUAGAGUUUUUCAUUACAGUGUAUAUUAUCUGCAUAACAAUUUCAGUGGAAAGUAGAAACUUUGAAAAUAUUUAGCUGAAUUUCAGAAUUUCUUAGUAUGUAGUAUUUUCCUAUUUUUGUUUUAAUUACGGUGUGCACUCGAGCUGGACUCCACAAAGCCUCUGAUAAAAAUCAAACCCAUCUGAGAGUCGCCUGAACAUCAUCUUCAGUGGAAGAGAUACGACUAAAAAAGCCUUACCAUGGUCCCCAACUUGCUUAAAUUUGAAUAGUGUCCUAGAAAAAGUGCAGAUUCUUGAUAUUUCAUUUUACUUUUCAUAACUUUUCUGUGUUUAUUUAUUUUUUUCUAAAUUCUAAAACACUUUGUUGUUUAUUUCUGGUUUAAAUGAAAACUAAAUGCCAGAUUUUUAAUGUGGUCUCAAACUUUUGGACCCCACUGUAAUCCACAGAGUCAAAAUAUCUAGUACUGUGCAGAAGUCUAAAGCAGCCAAGAAAAUUGUUUAAAACUAUUUAUCUCAGCAGUUGAGUGUGUUUACUCUAGUAAAAGGCACUACACAACAUUAGAGUAAUACAAAUAGGAAGAUGCUUUAAUUGCAUCUAUACAUGCUUUAAUUGUUAACAAACAGCCUGGUCAGAGUCCUUGAUUUUCAAAAGGGUUACGGUUAGGUUUAGGAUUAGGUUUAGGGUUGAAAUUAAAGUUUUGGUUUAGAUUUAAUCAAAUCUAUUACAUUUAAUUGAAAGUUAGUUUAAUACCUAUUUAGUUGAUUGUUAGAUAAAGCCAAGGUAAACAUCUACAAAGGACUCUUAAAAUGUUACUUUUGUUUUUUAAAAUUUAUAUGUUGGAAGAGCAUAGAACAUGUCCAGUGCUGCACUCCAGUCAUUGCAUGGAUUUGUUAAAUUACAUCAGUGGCGCAUCUGAUUUAAUUCAAUGAAAGACUGAUUAGAUAAACUAGGUGUUGGAUGAUAACUGUAAACUGCCCUCAGAAAGGCUUGGAAAUAGUUAAUCUCUGCAAAAUCACAAUGUACUGUUGGUUUGUUUGUAUUAAUUCCAGUGUUUGUUUUUUUAAUAAAUGUCUACUGCUCAAAUAGA